GCCAGCCCAGAACCAAUUGCCCCCAGCCAUGGGCAAGCACGCUCGGAAGAAACAGAAGAUAUCCGAUCAAGUAGAGGUCCAACCCCUCGGAGCAUUGGCUGCCUUCGAGGACCCAGGGGCGAAAGACGAAGAAGAGCUUCGACUUGAGAGCUUCCUCUUCGGUUCAGCUGAUGAAUAUGCCGCCCCAGUACACGACGACCAACCAGGCUUCACCGACGACGUCUUCGUCGACGAUGGUCUUCAUGCGGACCCAACGCACGGCACUGGCCAAAAACAAUCUGUCUGGACCGACCCUGACGACCCCGCUCUCGAAGUCUCUCUCGCCAGCGACAAACGACGACGGAAACUGCGCGAUGCCCUCGCAGAAGACACUGUUGACGGCCACGAAUACGAGUGUCGCCUUCGACGACAGUUUGAGAAGACUAACCCCACGCCGGACUGGGCGACGAAAGCUCGCAAACGACUUCAUACCACCGUUGCAGGCAAACGGAGGCAGGUAUCGAUAGGCUCCGAGCCAGAGGAGGAUAGUGAACAGGAAGGCUUGGGUCCGGGUUUGGAUUCUUUGCUUUCGGGUACGGGAUCUGUUGUUGCUGGACGUCAUGCCCGCGUCCUUCCACAAGGCAUUCUUGCAAUCGAACGACUGCGAGACGCGAAUCUCUCUGCCAAAGCUGAAGGAGAAAUCAACGUCGUGCAAUUCCAUCCCUCUCCUCAAGUACCGGUUCUUCUUACUACAAGUUCAGAUCGGCGGCUACGCCUCUUCAAUGUGGAUGGUCAUACGAAUCCCCACCUCCAAACCUUACACAUUCCCGCACUUCCUCUCAACAAUGCUACCUUCCAUCCCGGUGGUACCUCCGUUCUCCUCACCGGACCGCGGCCCUUCUAUUAUACAUACGACCUGCAGACCGGCACCACCCAGCGUUCGCCCCGUGGGCUGUGGGGCACUACAUUCACCAACACCAACCAAGCUGCCCAAGAUGGGAGCAUGGAGGUGUGUGCAUUCGAUAAAACAGGCUCCGUUCUGGCAGUGGCGGGUCGGAGAGGACAUGUGCACCUCGUCGACUGGCGCACUGGAGGUGGGCAGGUCGUGGGUAGCGUCAAGAUGAAUGCGGGUGCCAAGUCACUCUGGUGGUCUGGCGAGGAGCUGUUGACCCUAAGCGAGGAUUCGGAGGUAUAUGUGUGGGAUGUCGGCCAGCGGAAGUGUGUCCGGCGAUGGAAAGACGAUGGCGGCUACGGCAGCCAGCUACUGGGUGGUGAUCGGACGGGCCAAUAUCUUGCCAUCGGCUCCAAGGUUGGCUUCGUCAACGUCUAUGGUUCGGAUGCAGCCCAAGGCAGCAUAGACCGACCCAAGGCGCUCAAAAGCCUCGGCAACCUCACGACGACAAUCACCUCAUUACGAUUUAACCAUGACUCCCAACUGCUUGCCAUCGCGAGUAACGUGAAGAAAGACCAACUGCGUAUGGUGUGUGCCGCUUUGAUAAUUGUUGUCAACAAAUAUACCAAUGCUCUCCUCCUGGAAUCAGAUACAUUUGCCUUCCCUAACCGCGUUCUCCAAUUGGCCAACAUCCAGCACCCCGCUAGGCCAUGUGACGAGUGUGGAUUUUUCGGCGAGGAGUGA